CUCUCUCUCUCUCUCUCUCUCUCUCUCUCUCUCUCUCUCUCUCUUUCACACACACACACACACACACACACCGUCCCAAAUCUCCGUGCGCUUUUUCAGCUCCCUUCUGUUCUGCGCGAGCGAUGGUUCGGUUGCAGGAAGGCUUCGUCGCGCGAAAACAAAAAGUUCCUACAUGAUCUGAAGUGACGCGAACGCGCGCGAACUCUUGUGUGCGGUGCCCUGAAUGAUCGCGGAGAGUUUGGGCAAAGUUUUGGUGAAGUUUGCGCUGCGCUCGGAUGGCGUUUCGGGUCCCGCCGCGAAGGACAAGCUUCUACUUUCUGCAGCGAAACAGCCUGGCGUGAAGAAAACAGAAGACACAGCUUUUUUUUCUUUCUUUCUUUUUUUUGGACACUUGAAUCAGGAAAGACAUUAACACUCAAAAGAAUCAGUCACAAUGGAGACCAGUGCCUCCACAGCUGCUGAGAAAAAAGAGUGCAAAACAGCUGGACUGGAUGCCAACAGCUUCUGCGAAAUGCCCAAGAAGCCUUCACCUACUCUCCUAAGCAGAGGGCCUCAUCAUAUAUUCCCGACUUUCCACACGCCAAUCCCCAUCGACAUACGUCACCACGAAGGAAGAUACCACUACGAACCUCAUGGCCUUACCCCCUUGCAUGGAGCUCCAGCGUUAGGGAGUCCGGUUAUCUCUGAUAUAUCCCUGAUCCGGCUCUCACCAGGCGGCCCGGCCGAGUCGCCCUUCAGUCCCCCUCACCCCUAUGUCUCACCCCAUGUGGAGCACUACCUGCGCUCGGUCCAUGGCAGCCCAACACUUUCCAUGAUCUCAGCGGCUCGUGGGCUCAGCCCUGCAGAUGUUGCCCAUGAGCACCUGAAGGAGCGUGGGCUAUUUGGUCUUCCUCCUCCCCCUCACGGAGCCAGCUCAGCUGAUUACUACCACCUGAUGGCAAGUCACAGGAGUCCAUAUGGAGAUCUGAUUGCAGCUGGAUCCACCACUGCUGCUGCUGCAGCUGCCGCCGCUGCUGCUGUUCACCUCCCGGACUACAUCAACCCGAUGGACAUGUCGCGUUUUCCCAGUCCACGCCUCACACCCAGGCUGAGCCGGAAGAGAGCUCUGUCCAUCUCUCCACUUUCAGACGCCAGUAUUGACCUACAGACUAUGAUCCGCACUUCUCCUAACUCUCUAGUGGCCUACAUCAACAACUCGCGCUCCAGCUCGGCCGCUAGCAGCUCGUACGGCCAUCUCUCCGUCGGAGGCAUCAGCCCUUCUUUUCCUUUCCAUCACUCCAUCAACCCAGUGGCAUAUCAACAGCUGCUGUCCCAUCAAAGAGGCCUGAGCCCUUUUGGACACACGCCUCCCCUCAUCCAGCCUUCUCACACAUUCUCCUCCAGACAACACACGCUCGCCGGCUCGGGACUGAGUGUUAGCACACAUAAUGAGGCUGAGACUAAGAACCCGAGUGGUGACUCUGCAGUCAGCAGCACAGUAAACCCAAUGCACACCAAAAGAUCAAAGGUUAAGCUGGAGUUGGACAGCUCUCGGCCUCUCUCACCCUGCUCACCGGACCCGUCACCACCCGUGGACCCGAAAGAGGACGUGGACAGAGAAGAGGGCAAGCAGGAGCCGGAGGUGGCUUAUGAGACAAAUUGCCACUGGGAAGGCUGCAGCAAGGAGUACGACAGCCAAGAGCAGCUUGUCCAUCACAUCAAUAAUGAGCACAUCCAUGGGGAGAAGAAGGAGUUUGUGUGUCGUUGGGAGGAGUGCUCCAGAGAGCAGAAGCCCUUCAAGGCCCAGUACAUGCUGGUGGUGCACAUGCGCAGACACACAGGAGAGAAGCCACACAAGUGCACUUUUGAAGGUUGCUCGAAGGCGUAUUCACGUUUGGAGAACCUGAAAACACACCUUCGCUCACACACUGGGGAGAAACCAUACGUGUGUGAACACGAAGGCUGCAACAAGGCCUUUUCCAAUGCCUCGGACCGAGCCAAGCAUCAGAACCGCACACAUUCCAAUGAGAAACCAUAUGUUUGUAAGAUUCCGGGUUGUACCAAGCGCUACACAGACCCGAGCUCUCUCCGCAAACAUGUCAAAACCGUGCACGGCCCAGAGGCACACGUCACCAAGAAACAGCGUGGUGACCUGAUGCCCCGACCUCAGCCCCCACCACGAGAGAACGGAGAGAACGAAGGAGGAACAAAACAAUCUGGCCGGGGAGGACAAGACAAGUUUGAGGCCAACAGCACCACUAGAGGCAUGGAGGACUACCUGCAGGUCAAAUCGAUAAAAACAGAGAACUCUGUGAUGUAUCAGUCCAGCCCUGGUGGUCAGUCAUCAUGUAGCAGCCAGCCGUCACCGCUUGGCAGUGCCACCCACCAUGACGGUGGAAUAGAGUUGUCGGGCCCCGGCGGGGGCAGCAUGGGAGACCUGAGCAUGCUGGACGACGUGCCUCUGGUGGACUCAACCGUCUCUACAGGCACACUGGGCCUCCACCUGCGCAGGAGUGCCAGCCCCGCUCGCAGGCUGAACCACCUGAAGCAAGAGAAGCUGAAGACAGUGAGGGAGUCGUGCUCCUGGGCAAAUGCUGUUCCACAAGCUCCUGACACCAAGCUACCACCAAUCCCUAGCAAUGGUUCCUUACUGGAGAGCUCUGGAUGUGUCGGCAAUAUUCCUGUACCCAUCACCGGCCUUCGUCUGAGUGACAUUUGCCCUGGUGAGACGACAGUACUGUGCCAGCCAGUGGAGCGUCGAGACAGCCUGGCGAGCACGGUGAGUUCAGCUUAUACGCUGAGCCGCCGCUCCUCUGGCAUUUCUCCCUGCUACUCCAGCCGCCGUUCCAGCCAGGCCUCACAGCCCGGCAUCCGCCUCAACAACGUCAGCUCGGCCGACUCAUACGACCCCAUCUCUACAGACCUGUCACGUCGCUCUAGUGAGGCCAGUCAGUGCGGGGGCCUGCCAGGUCUGCUCAGCCUCACCCCUGCCCAGCACUACCGACUCAAAGCCAAAUAUGCCGCAGCAACAGGUGGCGCUCCACCCACUCCUUUGCCCAACAUGGAUCGCAUGAGCCUGAGGACACGAAUAGCCCUGCUGGGAGAUCCACAUGAUGCAACUAUGCACCCACUUGGCCUCCCCACAGUGCCCAGGAGAUGUAGUGAUACUGGGUAUCCAACUGCUAGCAUGAUGCCCCACGAGGUACCAGGGAGUAUAACACGGCGGGCUAGUGAUCCAGUUAGACGGGUGGCUGUUGAUCAACAACGUCUCCAGCAGGGGCAGCGUUUCAACAGCAUGAGCAAUGUGAACCCUAAUUCACUCCCACACUAUGCCUCUUCCAGCCGCCACUUGUCAGUGCAGAGCUUUGUUCGCUCUGAUGGUAGUCUACACCGCCUCCAGUACCCUCCCCGGCCUCCCAGCAUCUCUGAGAACACUGCAAUGGACACAAGCGACAUGGAUGGUCCAAUCAAUAGCAUUGCUGAUGACUUGAUGUUGCCUGAUGAUAUGGUUCAGUACCUCACUUCUAAUGGAGAUUCUACACAACACAAUGGGUCUGGGUAUCGGCACCAGCAAGCACAGGGCUUCCUAGGGAAUGGUGCUCCUCCAAAUCAACCAUGUUUCUACCAGAGACGCAUGGCUAUAGUGGAUGGCAUUGCGAACAGCAUGACGCAGCCGACAUCAGCUUCUUGCCAGACUAGUCCAGCGCAUCAGCACAUGUCUCCCAGUGCCAACAAGAGCCACAUGCCUGUACAGUGGAAUGAGGUCAGCUCAGGGACAGUAGAGGCAUCUCCCAGCCAAAUCAAGCAACAACAAGCUUUGGAUUGGGGAACUAUAACUGGUCUCCAGCAAAAACAGAACUUUGGCCCUAUCCAGAACCUCAAGUCCAACCAGCAAGUAAGACCCAUGAGUCAGAACCUUGCACAUGCUGCUCAACAGAGUUCUAUGCAGAGGAAUGAGGUUAUGGCCCAAAGGAUGAACUGUAGCCAAACUCUUAGGCAGCAAGGCAACAAGAACCACCUGAACGAGCAUAUUCACAAUCAGCAUGUAUACCACCAAGGAAAUGACAUAAACAGAAGCACCAGUCAGCAUGCCUCUUGUGGUAAUAUUAUAGGAGGCAAUGUAGGUUUGACAAGCCCAUCUAAGAAAACAGUGCAGCCCGUGCACAUGCAGAAUAACAGGGUAAGAACUAAGCCAGUGGUCAGUCAAAGCCAUGUAAAUUUUGAGAAUAAUCAAGGAGAUUAUUCCCAUAUGAGCAGUGAUCAGCAUAGCUAUGAUACUCUUUCCCAGAAUCCUACCCUGAACGGAAACCAUGGUCUACUGCAGCCAAGGCCGCCCACAGAACCUAAACCCUUCGCCAGGCAGCACUCAGGGCCAAAUGCAACGACAGCACAGCAGCUUGGUUACCCACAAUCCCAUUUCAGCUUAGCAUACAACACUUCCGAAGCUAGCCCCAAAAAGCCUGUCAAUGUAGGUGUUAGUGACACAGACAGCAAUGCCAUGUUCUACACAGGACAGAUCCACAUGUUUCAGUCCAGCAAUCUGAAUAUGCAUGACAAUACAGAAGCAGUGGACUGUGGUACAGAUAAUGUAACAAUGGUUGCUGUCAGCUCCCCAGGAACUAAUCAAGUCUCAAGCACGGUAGACUCCUCCAGUGGAGUGGAGCAGACCCAGAUUGACUUUGAUGCCAUACUGGAUGAUGGCGACCACUCCAGUCUCAUGUCAGGAACUAUAAGUCCCAGUAUCCUCCGCAGCCUGUCUCAGAAUUCCUCCCGCCUCACUACGCCCCGGAACUCUGUGACAUUGCCCCCGGUACCCGCAGGAAUCGGCAACAUGGCCAUUGGAGACAUGACCUCCAUGUUGACCACGCUGGCAGAAGAGAGUAAGUUUCUUAACAUGAUGUCUUAAAAGGUCCAACAGGAAAUAUUAUUGGUGACUGAUGACCUGUUGGCAUAUCUGAAUAAAGAAUUAAGACUGUCCUAGCAUUUUGUGUUUUAUACAUGUCUGUAUUAUCUGUAUUAUCCUGUAUAUCAUUAGAACAAAUACUUAGUAGUUUCCCCUUUGCUAAAAAAAAAAAAAAAAGCCAUAUUUUGCCUUAGACAAUAUAUGUUCUGUAUAUAAAUACAGAACAUUUGAUAAAUGUCAAUCCAGUAUUUUUGUAUUCUCUUUUAUGGUGGUGAAAUGAGAGUAGCAACAAGUGCCUAGCUAUGCAAAUGCAUAUGCAGGAAAAAAAAAUAAUACAAAAAAAAUCUUGCAGAAUUACAUUUGAUUGUCUUGAACAUACAAAGAAACUUUGUACAUUAUGUAAAUCACGAAGGUUUGACUCCUUCUAUGUGUCGAAGAGACAAAAAAUAAACUGAAUGGUAAGGAAAUGUAUAAUAGGAUAGAGUGAAAUGCAAAACACAUGUACAGCAUAGUCUCUCUUCAAAUGUCAGAGACUAAUUCUCCAUACAACUGAAAUGAUACUAUACUUUUAAAACAGUGAUGCUAUUUGAGUGUCAUUGGCUCAUUUCAAAUAACAACACUGACAUACCAUACAGCACACAAAGGAAGAAGAAACUUCUUACUCAGUGCAGAUUUAUUCAGCUAUAGCAUGCAAACCAAUUUGCUUGGACUUUGGACUCUGAACCCGGAUAUGGCAUUUAAAUGUUUCUUUUUUUGUAUGUGAACAUGUGUAUGGCGCUGGAUCUGUAGAUAUCUUUUGUACAUUUUUAUGAAAUACAGUAUUGUUUUUUUCUA